CACCAUUAUAUUUGUCCACAGAACGUCCAAAGUCAGCGCGUGAACAUUCCACCAAUCAACGCACGAGCAGGCACGCGGCAAGUAAUCAAGAUGGUAUUAAUUUAAUUAAAAAACUUCAUAAAGAAAAACACAAGACACAAAUUCCUUACGAAUAUGUUGCAAAUAAAGAUAAUGAGAAUUUCACAAGACCCGAGAACAGAUACAAAUGUCUGCCGUGUGUCUGUACAAACAAAAGCGAUGGCGUCCAAGUGGCCGCAUGUGGAAAACGGAACAUCUCCGGCGUUCCUCAAAAUCUGACACGGGCGGUGGAGAUUCUAACUUUGACUGAAUGUUCGAUAAAAGAAUUGGACACAAAGGGAUUUUUGAUCUAUCAGAAUCUGAAGACUGUUAAUAUAUCAAAAAAUAUUUACUUGACCAGAAUAACCCGCGGGCUUGGUUUGAAUGAAUCAUCGUCAGUUGUCACUUUGAAUAUUUGCAACAACCGAAUCGAAGACAUAGAAAUCUACAGUUUCACGGACAUGAAACAUCUUCAAAUCUUAACUCUCAGUAGCAACCGACUAAAUAACUUAACUAACCAAAUGUUUACAGGACUUACAAGUCUGAGGAAGCUGGACGUCUCCGGGAAUAACAUAAGUUUUAUUGAUAGUCAGACAUUCGAUGAUUUGAAAAGUCUACGCAUUCUUGAUAUCAGCGCAAAUCUCCUUCAGAUAAACGAUCCACUUCUUCUACCCCCCAGAGCGUUUCUGAAAAUUAACCAGUUAGAAGAAAUAUACAUUCAAGGGAAUUGUAAAAAACAAACAACAUCGUGUCAAUUUCCCACACUGGUCAUAAGUCAGUUGAAAGGUUUAAAGAAACUUGGUGUGGAUGUUCAUCACGAAGAUGGAUUUAGACCUGGUGAUACGGAUCUUUUGCAUCUACAAACCUUGGUCAUUGAUCUAAAAUCGUUUUGUAAAAUAGAAUUUAUCAAAUGGAACUUUUUUGACAAAACGCCCAACUUGAUCUCUUUGUCUAUCCAAAACUGUCCGUUGCUCCGAUUGCACCCGAAGGCGUAUGCAAAGCUGUUGCAUUUGGAGAACUUAACUCUAAAUUCACUCCCCCCGUACUACGACCUCAAAUUGGCACUGGACGAUCUACAGGGCUUACAGAAUUCGUCACUUAAAUACCUGUCGCUUUCAGGUCUAAAUGUCUAUAACUGCGUCGAAAGGAACCUUGAUGCCAAGAAUGGACAGUACUUGAGAUACCUUAACUUGAUAGAACUCGACAUCUCAUACAAUAACAUCAUAACGAUCUUGCCGGGCUUUGUCGACAUGCUUCCGAAGACGUUAAAAAAGUUGGACUUGAGCGGAAACGAUUUAUCCGCUGGUCUGAUGUACAGACCGUUGAUUUUCUCUGAAGAGCUCACGGAACUGAACCUAAGCUACCAGUCGUAUCAAUUCAUCAGCCGUUGCCCGGAAAUGUAUCGCAAAUCUGAUGGAAACACAACAACUGAAAAUGAAGACUUUUUAAAUAAUGAAAAUAAUGAACCGGAUAAUUCGUUACCAAAAAGAACAUGCACAUCUAACGAGUCAACGCUCACGGAUAUAGCUGAUGGCAGAAGUAGAGUAUUGCAGGAUGAACAAAGGCUUAAAACAAACUCAUCUACGUUUUACUUCCCUAACUAUUUGAAAGUUUGGAAUGGAAUUCAAUUCCCUGAAUUCGGUAUACAAAUCUUAAAUCCGGAUUUUGAAAAUAACUCCUCGCUCAUAGAAAUUAAUUUUUCCGGGAGUUUUAUAAAUUUCUGGGGAAGUUCACAUCUGCUCACAAGCAUAAAAAAGGCAGACCUGAGCAACAAUUUCUGUGAGAACAUAAGCAUGAACUUUAUUCCCGAAAACAGCUCACUGGAACACUUGAGCAUAUCCAAUAAUUUUCUGGGACUUUUCUUCAGAACUGAUACAGAAGGUUUAACUUUAUCAAAAGCCAAGCAGCUCAAAUACCUGGAUGUGUCGAGAAACGCCAUCAAUGGUCUAAGUUUAUUUAGUCGAUUGGACCAUCUUCAAACUUUGAUAGCUUCGGAGAAUAGACUUCAGAUUAUAAAUUGCAGCUUCUCCCGUAUGAAAGACUUGAGAAUCAUUGACUUUAGCCAAAACUCAAUUACGUGGAUAAGCAGACAAUCGCGCGAUGACCUUGACCUUAUCGCCACUGACCAUGAAGUUUACCUCGAUCUGACCUCCAAUCCCUUGCUGUGCUCGUGUGAAGGAAUCGAACUGAUGCGAUGGCUGGCCACGACGAAGGUUUUUCUCCUGAACAGGGAUUUUCUCUUGUGCAAAAAUGAAACGAACGAACUGCAAGAAAUCGGAGAUCUCGCUGAAAGGGUCGAACACUUGAACAUAAAAUGCACGUCUAAGAUCACCACUGUCCUUAUCAGUGUCUUCUCUUCGAUUACUUUCUGUCUUGUUUUGGCUAUGGCACUAACGUAUCGAUACCGUUGGAAGCUGAGGUAUUUACGGAGCAUCGCGCUGGCUAAGCUGCUGAACUGGAACACACUUGACGCCAGAGACACAUUUAGAUUCGAUACUUAUAUUUUAUACACAGAUGAGACGCGACGAUUCGUACUCAAUGACUGUGUUAGGGAGCUUGAAAAGAACAGAGGCAAAACAAUUUGUCUCGAAGAGUUUAAUUUUCUACCAGACACUAGUUUGAUUCAAAAUAUAGUAAGCGCCGUGCAGAACAGUUUUAAGACUGUCGUCAUAGUAACGCCAGAGUUUUACCAAGACGAGUUUUCUGAGUAUCGCGUCAAGAUGGCGUUAAUGGAAGAGAUUUACGCUCAUCGGUCGACUCUUUACCUGUGCAUGUACGAGCCCACGGGCGUUACAGAUUUAUCAAAAGAUUUUCUCGACGUAACGAACAGAGGUGAUGUCAUUGAGUUCCCACCGAGAGAGGGGGCCACGGAAGAAAUUGAUCAAAAGUUUUGGGAUGAUUUCUCCCAAGUCAUUAGUCAAGACUGAUGUCAGGAAAAUUGUCACAACAAUUAAUGACUUUUUUGAAAACAUGGAAGUACUUUUCGGG